AUGAAGAAGUACUUCCACUUCACGCUCUCUCCGUCCAAGAAGAAGUACGCCGCAGAGAAGCAAGCGUUGGAGAGUGCACUGCAAGACAUCGAGAACAAGAAGCAUCGCCUGUUUCAGCCAAGAUUGGGCGAAGACGACUAUGACGACGUUGCCGACGACGAAAUGUCCUCGACAGAAUCCACCACCACGUUUCACAUUGGCCAAAUCGACGACGAGUUUCGGUACCGCCAGCUCAAGUCCAGACCGAUGACAUCAGAUUCCAAGCCCUCCUCGUUAACCAUUCCACGCCCGCAUUCCGUCGACGACCCAAAGUUCCUCGCAACAAUCGAUGCUAUCGGCGUACCAGUCGCAUUGCACGUACCAAAGGCGCCUCCAAUGUCUUCUGCCAUCGUUAGUGACAGCUUCCAACACAUGACGCGAGCCUAUGCAUUCGAUUCCCUCAAGCAAAAGGUUCCAGGCUCGAUUGACUGGGUUGUAACAGACGUCCUCGUGCACGACGAAGGCAAGGGCCCUGUGCGACUAGGGGCAAUCGAAGUCUAUUUUGGCACAACGUUGGGCGAGACGAGGAACCUCAUUGGGAAAUUCGUGCCCAACGCGCCAAAGGCAUAUGCGUUCUGUCACGGCACCGAGCAUGUAGAGGUCGACGCACUCCGGGAGAAUUCCGUGCUAGUGUCCGACGUGUACGAUGGCGCUAUCCGCCUCAAAAUGACCUCGGCGGCCAAAUCCAAAGAAGAAAAGCUCAAGCGGCUCAUGGUAAAAGACCGCCAGCAAGCCGCGUUUGAGCAAUUUGUCGUGAGGCAGCAACUGGUCGAGCCAAAACCAAUUGUGGCAUCGACGAUUCGUGUAGCCGACGUCAAGCCUCCACCGAAACCCCCGCUCCAAUCAACCCCCCCAAGUGGACUACCACACGAAGCUCUCACCACAACAGCAUCGCUCAAGCAUACGAUUUACCACACGCAAACUACAAUCGACGGCCAAGAGUGCCAGGUCAAGUUUGUGUACUUCCCAACGCAAAGGCGGAUCGGCAUUCGCGUCAAGGCUAUACACGGCAAAACGAAGCCGGCCACCACGACCGUGGACGAGUUGGCCUUCCGGACGAUGGUCGGGGCCUCCAAUGACGACCUGUCGUUGCUCGAGUACACGCUCAACGAAGCUAACACCCAGAGCAUUCUGCACAGCUUAAAGCUGGCCCCGUCGUUCACCGACUCGGACGAUACGUUCAUCGUACGGCUGAAGCGGUUUGUACAUGUUCCGAAAAUGAAGUUCCGUCGACAGAAGAAGCGCGUGGACGAUGACGUCGUCACGUCUGACAUCAAACACAGCCCCCCGCCUCUGUCAAAGGUCGAAGCCCCCAAACUGGUCAAGCACGUGGCCGCCCCGAUCAAGGAGCCGCGGGAUACUAAAAAGGCAGUGGCCGCCCCCACGCCUCCGCGUAGCCUUACGCCGACUGUAGUGGACAUUGAACCCCGUGAAUUGAAGCGAAAGCGGGUGCCAACGCCACUCCCAGUGCAUGACAGGUAUCAUUCUCCAACUCGGCACACUCAUGCCAAACCACAUGCCAUCCAAGUCGGUCCAGCCAAGGAGUACAAGACCAAAGGCGAAGACAAGCGCGGCAAACCACUUUCAAGUGAAGCUUCGACGCCCGUGCCCGCUUUGACCGUUCCGUCGGUCGACAGCAGCAACCACCGCCGGCUGCGCGCCAGUUUAGAAAUCGCCGCGACAAAAGCCACCGCUCCAACCCCACUCGACGACGACGACGACGAUCAACCAUCUCACCCGAUGGUGAGCAAGUUGAAAGCCAUCGACACGAGCGGCAUCGAGAGCGCCUUGAAGAAACUGAGGGCGUUCGUGCACAGCGGCGCCGCCAUCCACAUGUACCACCACGAGAUUCACAAGGCCGAAAUCGACAAGGUGUACGGCCCGCACUCAAAAUCCAUCUCGUUGGCGCGGCAUUGCGUGGUCGCGGCGUUUCUCACGUUUGUGCGCGACCAAGGCAUUCUCUUGGUGCCCCAUCCGUUCGAGUACGCCGUGGACAUGGCCCACCCGACUAACGCUGCGUUCCACGAGCUCGUGCUGGCUGUGCAAGACGAACUGACAGUGUUCGACUCGGGAAGGACUGCCGACAUUCACAAGGACAUUCGAAAGUGCGUCAUGGACGACGUUGGCCCUCUCGUGAGUUUGGUCGACAAGCUUAAGGACGACGACAUGGACAAAUCAGUGCAAGCUUUGGCCAUGGUCGAAGCCAAGCUGCUACUCGUGUGUCACGUGGCCCAGUGGGGGCAGCCCACGCACCUCCGCACGAGCAUAUUUGAAGGCACGUUCGCCACACUGACCAAGCGAGAGACCAUGGAUCUGUACAAACUCACGUACGUACCAGCCAAGGAGAAGCCGUUUUUGCCCCAGUUCAUCAAAAACCAAGCCAUUCUCGAGCCCGAGUUCAAAGCUUUGUUGGAGGUGCUGUACAUUUUGAUCUUUUCGUAUUACGCGAGCCCGCGGUCGUCAGCAGACAAGAAACUGCGGUACUUUACGUCGCUCGCAACUACUCAAGUCGACCGGGUACAGCUGGUUUUGCAAGCGAUUGAAGAACGCCAGGGAAAGCUCAUGGACAUCCAUUUGGCAUACACCGACAUCAAGUCGGAGCUGCUCCUGCAGCGCGUCCAGCAGCUCAUGUCAUGCAUUCCCCGCGCCAAAGUACUUGUCAAGGACAGAACGUGCAAACUGCCGUCGUUCUUGGCCAACGUGGCCACCUUCUUGGCCGGGACGUUCGUGCUGUUUCAGCAAACACUCGUCACGGCGUUGGCUUCGCACAACAACAUCCAGAUGGCGCAGACGCUGCGGUUCUUUGUGGAGCUAGUGAAGGCCCACGUCAGCCACGACAGUAUCAUCCCACAAGUAAGUAUCAUGGGGAAGCACCUCGCAGACUCGCUGGGGCCACGGCUGACUGGGCUAGACAAAAUUAACAUGGAACGGGUCAAAGCCAAGCUGGACAAGGUGACUGUGGGCGGGAACUUGUGCGAAGCUGUGUGGCGUCAAGCGCACACCGUGGCCACCAACAGCUUGCUGCAGUGGAAAGCGCGCUGGGACAGCCCAUUGGAUGUGGCCACGGAAGCCCUCGAUCGAUACGUUUUCAAAGCCGAACACGAAUGCAUUGGCGAGUUUGUCGUGCUCAUGCCAGCCCCGAGUAUGGCCGCCGACCCAGCAGAGCCGACUCGAGUCGAAACCAUCGACGUAUCGCAAGAGCUGCAAGCAGAGCACGACGAUAUGCUCAAGCACGUGGGGGCCAUCUGGGCCAACUUGCUCGAAAGCCCGAAGAAGAAAACCGGGGGGACCCAUCGCAUCGCGUUUGGCCUCAACCUCCGCCGCAUGGAGCUGUUGACACCGGACAUGCUUGCAUCCACGAAUGUGCUCUACUUUCUGUCGCACCCCCUGGUAAAACACGUUGGAGUUGGAUAUGCGCUGGCGCACAACGUGCUUCGAGUCCACAUUCGAUUUUACGGCGCAGGGCAACCCAGUGCCAUGGACGGGACCGCCACCACUCACGUGCGCGAAUCCAACGCGUUCAACGACCUUCUCGUCCAUAUUGCCGACGCGGACGGAGAGCACGUCGGCCUGUUCAUCUUGCAGAACGGUUUCCAUUUCGUCAUGGACAACCUGCUGGCCCAACGGCACGUGGCGUGGCAACGGUUGCGCCUCGGGGGUGCGUUUUACACGUUACUGCUUGAAGAUCGAUUGGUGGCGAGGUUCUCGGAGGCCGUGAUGAAGAAAGCCAUCACCAAGCUGUUGGCAACCAUCGCCGAUAACGCGUCGCUUCUGUCGAUUCACUUGCUGCAGCUGUUGAUGGACUCGAUCGCUCGAGCCAACAACGACUGCGACGGCAACGACCCGGUCUUGUCGCUGAUGCAUUUUAUCGGAGCGGCCGCGCUGCGCCUGCUGCAGACCCUUGUCAGAGUCCACGCAUCGCCAAGUACUGUCUUGGACAUGUCGUCCAUGGUGCCAUCCGUAGAACUCGACCAUCUGCACCAAAAGCAGAAAUACUUUGUCGCGUGCAAAGGCAUGCGUCUGCUCGAUGCGAUGGUGUCGGCCCCGACGUUUGUAGUGUCGGGGGUGCUGCUGGACGAGACGUCUACGUACCAACUUUGCCACCAGCUACUGAUCGAUCUCUUGCUCACGCACGAGUUCGCCCUUCGCCCCCGGGCGUUGAUUGUGCACCACAAUCUGUGGCUGGCCUACUUCCUCCCCGACGUAAAAGCCGAAAAACUCGAGCCGUUUGUCCAUGUGGUGCUCACGUCGUUUUCCCAAGUGCUUUUGGGGACAGCGUCCGAAGUGUUUUGGUUUUCCACGAGCGUGGUUUGCGACUGCGGAUGUGCCGACUCUGUUACUUGGAACAUUGACAUGUACGAAAGCGUGCUCCACGUGUACUUGGAACUGAUCCAGACCCGAUCGGGCAGUCGGUGGGCCCAAGAGCGAAACAUGUUUGGGGUAUUGUCCCUCCUAAAGAUGCUGGACACAGUGUACGUCAAAGCCAUGCCGCCUGCGUCGCCCACCAAGGUGCUGCUUCUGCGGACCAUGUUCACUCUGGCCCAAAAGAUCAAAGUGGCUGACAACCUGGUCAAGUUGUUCGAAAUCGUACCGGCCGAAUUGCUUUUGUUUUUCACCGCCAGUAGCGCCCCGAGCCUCGACGUUGAAGUCUUCCGCCUCUUGGCGAUGCUGUUGCAUUUUGGUCUGCAGCGAAAGGUGCCGCAACUGAGCAUUGAAGUAUACGCAGCGGUCGUGGUCGACAUUGCAUGUGUGGUUGUGGGCACGUUGAACCCCCACGUGAUGGACAUCAUCCCGCCCUUGUGGUCGGACGUCGACUUGUCUGAGAUCACGUUCAAGAGCUCGCGAACUCUACGAUUGGUUGCUGCCGAACACGCGCAGAGCCUCACGGACGAGUCUAGACAUGGCACACCAAGCUUGCUCAUGCUGUUUGUGCUGCUGGUCGACUCGAAGCUGGACAAAUCCAUUCACAUUUUGCACUUUCCAGCAAUUCUCGGGCUGUGCGGCAUGCUCUACGACAAGGAGCUGGCCGAGAUUUGCACGCGGGCCAACGUCCUCGUCCAACUCCUCGAUGUGCACGAGACCAGCACGACGCUGUUCAUCUCGACCAAGCAGCAGUUUUGCAUCUGGGCCGUGUGUCUUAUCUGUUUCCACGUCGCGCACAACGCGAGCUUGGCGCCGAGUGUGUCGAGCCAGACGCUCAAGCGGAUUCUGCAGCAUUCGUACAGCAGUCUGGGUAUGAUCAACCGAAGUCGGUCCACGCGGCUCGACUCGUACGUGCAGCAAGUCAACAAGAACGGGUACGUGGGGCCAGUGGAACCUCCGCCCCCGCCACGGGACCACGUCAUGUCGGGGAAGAAGCCACGAGAUCCUCUUCAAAACGACACGUUGAAGCUGCUGUCGAGUUUGGCGCUUCAGCUCAAGACGCUGUUCGUGUCCAACGAUGCCAACACGAUGCGCCACCAUGCGUCCACAUUCCACACGCUGAAUAAUCACGUGUCUAAGACCGAUCGGCUGCUGGAGUGGGAGGACAAUCUAGAGACGGCCGCCGUAAGCGACCGCGACGACCGCACGUCCACGCUCUACUUUAUUCUCGUGAAUGCUGUAUCGUGCAUGUCGACCAACUUGAUGCAGAUCAAAGGCGCCGACGAAAUCAAAGUCAUUUGCAGGUCCAUUGUGGGGUAUUUCAUUGCCGAGGAGCUGACUCCACCAGAGUACUUUGUUGCCACGUAUUGCUUUGCGCUGCGUAAUAUUGUGUUUGCCGUGUGUCGCGGGGCCAACUUGAACGAACUGUGGGAAAAGCAGCCGCUCAACGUGUUUUUGACAAAGCUGUUUGGGUUUAUCCAGCAGAAAAAGGUCAUGUCGACCACGGGGUUGAGUGUAGGCCAAGAGUUUUCGUUGGAGUUGCUCUGGGGGAUGCUCAUGAUCUCCAAGGGCAAAGAAACGUGGUUCCUCCAAGACGUAGACAACGACAUGCCAUUGCAAGCUUUGGCCCCUCUAAACUUUACAUCGGCCGCAGAGAUUAGCUCUGGAAAGACACUGCCCGCCCUCGAUCGCACUAAGUUGAAAAUGCUCGUGGACUGCGCCAGUAGUCAGGACGUCGUGGUCGCCGAAUACGCGUGCGCGUCGCUAGCGAUUUUCAUGCAAAACCCUGACACGGCGCUGUUCUUCAUGUGCGAGUUUGGGUUUAGCCGGGCUCUGAUGCUCCUGCAACAGUAUCGCAACAAGAGUCCGUCCAAGUCACCGCAGUACCGAAAGUCCAACUCGAUCGUCCUGACCCGGAUCGAUGUUGACGCCAAGAAAUACGUCCGGGAGGUGGCAGGGGCCAGCGCCAUGUACGCCGAAGGGUUCCGGCUCAACCGCGACGGACGGGCAUGUGUGCAACUCGUGCGGUUUGUCGCCAACUGCAUCCGCAUUGUAGCCAAAGACAGCUCAAUUUCCACCGACUACAUUUCCACGUCCGAGAAAGUGACCAAAGAUACGUUUGUGGUGCUCCUGCACCGAGCGACAGAUCCAGCGGUGCUCGUGCAAGUGUUGCGGGGUUUGCGUAGCUUGAUCAGCGUCAGCUCGCCUGCCAACUUCGACAGCUAUUUUACCAGGCACGAUUUCGAUCAUUUGCACAAGAUGUGCGUGGAUGGGAGUUAUACGUCCCCCGUCCAAGCCAUGGCGUUGAAGUGUACACGACUGCUCUUGAACAAGUACACGACGUCGAUUCCGCUGUGUCGGCUCAUGUUUGACGAUCGAGCAAAGGUCAUCGAAUUGUUUGACCAUCACUACCUACGCGUCAAAGUGCAGGCGGUGCACUUGAUGCUCGACCUCGCACUGAUCUACAUCAACCCCGUCCAAAUGCGGCUCCUAGCGGACGAUUUCAACACCCCACAAGCGAAAGCAGCUCUCAGUGCCAUGUUGAGUGAAUUUAGCGCCAUCUUGCAAGACCCAAUCCAGAAGGAAGCGGGUCAAGUGCUAAUGGACAUCCUCAUUCGGUUGAUCAUCCAACUGGACUUGCUGAGUUUCGUCCACGACGACUACAUCGUCGACGCCAUCUGCAACAUGAUUCAAGCAGUCACGAGCAAGUCGAACCACCUACCCGGGCAAGAAACCCACCAGGAUAACCACAUGAUCAAGCCAUUGCGGCCGAUGCUAUGUACGUCGUUGGCCAAAGUCAUUUGCAAGGGAGGCAAUGCCAAGUGGUUUCUCAAACCAGACCGAUUGGAUGUGGUGGUGGCUGUGCUUGGCCAAGAUUCGACGCACACGGAACUGCUCGACGUCGUGUGCAUCUUGCUGACGUUGUGCAAAGAAGAGUCGGCCAUCGCAACGUACUUGGGCACCUAUUCGUCCCAUGCGAUUCGCCACAUUUGUUACGUGCUUGGGAGUUUCUACGAGUUGCAAAUGGUCAAUGUCGUGGAAGUCGAAAAGGGCACGAUCGACGUCCAAGACUCGUCCCCACGACCACCACGACCUACGCAUGACGACAGAAAUACCCCUAGUGGUGACGAAAGUGACACUCAUAUUUCCCUUGAAGUGGGCAUGCUCAAAAAGUGCAGAACCAUGAAGAAGCGAUUGCUCCUCAAAGUGUACUUUCAAAAGACGGAGGAGCUCAAGAUUUCACGGCACAUGUACAAAAUCUACAAAUACUGCUUGGUCCUGUUGAACAUGAUUCUCGACGCCUGUGGGUGCGAUGUGGCCGAAGUGUUUGGCUGCACCUGUAAAACCAAAGACGGUUGCUACAUGUGUACUCCAGCUGACUUGCUCCGAAAGGCAAAUGCAGGGGAAACAUUCCGGUGGCUGCUCUUGGCUAAACGGAUUCGGGCCACGGAAGGAGUCAUGUACAACCGCCUGCCCGACCGAGAAGCCAACUGCAUCGUGUUCAACGCCCUCCGGAUCCUCAAGUCCGCUUGUUUCAACCACUUGUUCCGGCAGCAGCUGCUCGAUGCCACCUCAGCUAAAAAAAUGUCUGGUCAAACCACGGCCGUGCUGAUGAAACUUCGAGAUAUCUGCGGGGACAUCAACAAUCCGUACGUGGCCAAGCAGAAAGGGUCUAUUUUGGACGCCGUUGUUGUGGUUGGCCAGCUUUGUUCAGAGGACGGGGUCCGGGAGUUCAUGGGCGUCACCGCAGACAUUUCCACGCACUUGUUUUCGAUCAUCAACGACAGAGUGCAAGUAAAUGUCCUGCACAUGCUUCGCGCGUGCUUGUUGGUGCUGUGCCGCGUGGCCAGUAGCGAACAUGUCGUGUCGUCCAAGGCUUUCAAACGCACGAUCCGACUCACGUGCAGCCUGCUUACGAUGGAAACCGUCGUGACCGACUGCGUGUGCUUCAACAACAUCAUGUUGUUUUGCCGCAACAUUGUCGCGUUUGGCAAGCAAGACAUGCCACUGAUCCACGAGUACCUCUCGGGGUCGAUUUUACGCAAGCUGGGACUCACGAUGCACACGACGGUGGACUCGCCCGACAAGCAGCUGAUUGAGACCAAUCUGCGCCUCGUUGCAGCCGACACGGUGUGCUACUUGCUGUUCCAUUCGAGCUCUGCGCUGCGGCACGCCAUGGCGGAAGAACAAGCGCCAAGGUCGUCGACGGACUCGGCACCGAUUGGCCCAAGUUUGCCAACGGUCACAGGUGACCAACCCGUCGAUGCUUCCCCCCACGACGACCACACUGUGUUUGCAAAGAUGGGAACGUUGUGGCACGCUCACAUGCAAAACAUGAACUCCGACGAGCUGUCCAGUUUGGGCAGUUUGGACGACAAGCUCCUCCACGUGUACACUGCACUGUACGGUGCCAAGGACGAGACGCAGCUGUUCCUCGACUUGUUGAGCAUACAUGCGAAUAUCAAAGCACCUGGGCCGAUAUUGACUCAGCAAGCUCCUUCCCCGACGGUGGAGCUGUCGCCCACGGGCCCCAAUGUUGCCCAACCGGUGCCUGCAUUCUACAUGUUGGAGCACUCGACGCCGUCGGAUUUGAGAAACUACACAUUUUUUGGCGGGGCCAUGUCGUCCCACGUGCCGGGGUCGCCCUUUUCGUGGAAAGUGCUGCGCAAGUUGAUGGCCGGGUUACAUCAUCGCAGCGAACGACUGAAGCUGUCCAACGCCCAGCUCGCGACUGUGGUCGAGCUGCUCUCGGUAUGCCACCCCAACGGAUCCAAGAACGAAGUGUCGCGGUCGUCCCAGUGGUGGCUCGUCGAGCUCGAGUCCGAGUUCAUUCGAUUUGUACACGACAUCGUCCACACCCACGCGUUUCUGCAAGCUAGCGACAGUACAUUCCACCUGUCGACCAAGACAGCGCUGCGGUACUUUCACUCGGCGGCGGUCGCCCCGCGAGACAAAGACACGUUUUCCAAGCACUUUCGAGGGUUUGUCAUCUUGCACGCGUUUGCAAACCACCCGGCGUCCAUGCUCAAACUGUGUCACCUCUUGACCGACCAACCGCCACCAUCAUCCCCCGCCGCUGUCACCACCCCCGACGCGAAAGCGGAGACUGACGCCCCGGACGACGAAGACAGAGUCCCCCGUCUUGCGACAGAGUGCCUCCAGGGCGUGGGACUCGGCAAGCGAAAAGUCACAUGGACCAAGCGAGAGCACGGCAAACAGCCCUUUGCCAUGACGUACUUUGUCACAGACGUGUCCCACUCCAAGCUGCUCCCGUACGCUCUGGGGGUGCUCACGUCGCUGUACGAACAUGACGCCCGCUUCUUGCUGUGGUUCUUGCAACUGGAUGGGCUGGACGUGCUCGUGGAUGUGCUGGACCUAGAACUGGAGCACCAACACGCCCCGGUGAUCCCGUCGCGGGUAUUUGUGCUUCUGACUACGUUGCGGUUGCUCAAGGAGAGCGUCGAGUUGCGUCCAGAAGCCAUGGGGGUGCUGUCGGCGAACCCGCGCAUCUUUUUGCGCCUCGUCGACUUGACAUCACAUGUCAAGACCCACGUCAAACAAGUGGCCAUGGCACUUCUGGCGGCCAUGACGACCGCUCCGUGGGUGAGCCAGGGUGUGUACUCGAUGCAAGCGUUCGAAGACCUUCCGGUGUUUGGCCAGGAAAUCGACGAUAGCGUCCUGUUACAACACAAGCUCAAGCAGCUCAAGUCCAUCUUUGGGGCUACCGCUGUAGAACGGGACGGCGGGUACGUCUUUGUCGACACCAACACCACCGUGGACCUCAAAAAGUUCACGACGCUGUCCAACUUGCGCUUCUUUCGCAUGCUCAAGCUGUCGACCCUGGUCAAGUUGACCAAAGCCCUGGAUUCGUGGACAACGUUGGACUCGAAGCACUUUAUGGUGUGUGCGGACGGACGCCCUGUGACCAUGCCGCUGUGGCUCGUGGAAAAGUACGUGAGCGAAGAUAUCAUGUCCAAUCCGACCCUUUCCAGCCACAAACGUACCAUGGUGCUGGACAUCGUGUCGAAGAUGGGCGUCAAAUUAGCUCGCCACGGCAAUGUGGCCACAGACAAGGGCCACCGGUUGACCCGAGACGACUACAUGUCGUCUGUGGAUGCCUCCGAGCGGAAACUCGUCGCGACGUCGAUUUGGAAAACGAUCCACGCGUGUGUGGGUGUCCCUAAGAUGGAACGUUUUCGAUUCACGCAGCAAAUGUAUCGAGUGCUUCUCGAAGACCACGCGAGGCUGCUACGCUCCAGACGACUCGACAGUGUGCCGCUGACCGAGCCACAAGGCGGGGCGUUGUACCCGUUCGAGUUGUAUGGGUUUUUGAGAACGUGUGUGCUGCUGCGGUCGCUGGAUAUGGAGAAGAUCGGGGCCAUGUGCCGUCGCAUGUCCUCCGCCCGAGCGUUUUGUGCAGACAUGAUGACGGGCUUGGUCGUCGUGUGCCGCGGCACCGUGACUGUGUCGUACAAACCGUCCGUGUUUUCGUUCCAACGAACCAAGGCCGCGCAGUGGAAGCGAUCGUUUGGACGGGGCGAAGUCGUGUGGUGUCCGUCUUGGCUGUCCACUGACCCUCGCAUCGAACGGUUCGAUUGGAGUCGGUUCAAAGUCGAUGCGACUGUUCACACGACAGUGUUUGAGUGGACCCAAGCGCUGCAUGACGCUACGUUUUCCAGCGAAACGUUGUCGCGUUUAUCGGUCGACAUCAGUGCACUGGUGGAUUCCAUUGUCGUUCACAAGCGUCGCCCUCGGGAGUUGUGGUCGCACGAGAUGACGUCGUUUGCAGUCGAAGAGGCGCAGUUGCGGCAGUUGCAAGUCCACUGCUUGACCGUUCUCGGCCACGUCGCGCAAGUUCCCGACAUGGCGAAGAUGCUCGUGAACGACAUCAGCCUCAUCAACGUCGUUGUCGGCAUGGCGUUGUCGUCGCUUGAGGAUGUCGUGGUCAUGGCUGCGGUUCAAACGCUGCAGAGAUUGUGCACGCAAGACGCUGGCAUUGCUCGCCAUCUCUUGGCCAUUCCAUUAGACUUGUUUCAAGGGCAUUCGCUGCUGGAUGGACUCGUGGAUGCUAUCGACAUUUGGAGGAUGUCACCGCCACUCACGAGCGAAGUGCUUGUCCUUAUGCGGCACCUGUACAAAUUCGUGCCAGAGGUGGCCUCCUCGAUUCCAACGACGUGGACCGAGCCGCACUACCAAUUCUUCCAGCAAUGCCUUGUCCAACCCGACAACAGUUUGAUCCAUCGAAACCUCACGGCAUUGGUUGUGGAGGCCCUCGUGCAAGCGCCGUCUGUCGUGAGCGCGUUUACCGCUGGGGGAUUGCAUUGGGGCUUUGCUCGACUGGUGCAUUCAUGCGACCAGUCGCUCUUGUGUGAUGUGCUGCACUUGAUGCUGUUGUUUUGCCAGGAUGAACCAACCCGGCGUAGCUUGUGGGCUGACCGAACGUAUCACCGCGACUUGAAGCCGACGUUGUGUGCCAUGUCCACACAGCUCGAGGACGGUUUCAUGAUGGAGCGCGACGUAAAGUACCUCGAUUUUUUUAACCUGUUGUUGCAUGGCCACCACGACCCUGGGCGUUGCCGCCAGUACCGAGACUAUGUUGGGGCUAGGACAACCUUGAUCAAGACGUUAACCGGUCGCAUCGUGUCGGUGGAAUUGUCUCCUGAGCACAGGCUCGAGUUGCAAGUGUGCAUCGAGUGCCUGUGGCGAUUGUGCUUCGAGCACCAAGCCAACGCCAAACUUGUGAUGAUAAGCUGUGACCAAGUCACCGACAUCUUGGCGGUCGUGGCCAACUUGUUUGAGCGGUCCCACCACGACCAAGCGUUUCAGAUUUCAGUGCUGCACUUGAUUCGAUCGUUGUGCACAGACCUAGAAUUCGCCACAAACGCGAGUGCAGUUGGCUUGCAACAGCAGCUCAUCGAGUGCGCAUUUUCUUCUCGCCCUGACACCAUGUCCACGACGAGACGUUGCGGAGCUUUGCAGGCCGUGAAUGCAGCCUUGGAGCACUCGUCGGGGGCGAGAAGUGCCUUGACCUCUGGUAACCUGUCUGCGUGUCUUGCCUUGUAUUUGUCGUCGUCAGUCGAGCCACAGUUGCAACGAGAUGCAAUGCAAUUCCUUCGCUUUGCUUGCAUCGAUCCUUCCGUGCGACGAAUGGUGUGGCAGACACAGAACGAUCAUCCUGGGUCGAUCAUUGGAUGGAAAUCCACCCUGCAAACGAUCGCGCAAUGCCAAACCAACUACGUCAACACGAGAAACCAAGUCCAUCAAGAGUUGAUCCUGCACACCCUCGGGCUGAUUGCAGAAUUGUGUCUAGACGAGGCCACGGCUCGAACCUUUUGCGCCUACGAAGAUGCAGUUCUGCCCCGUGUCAUGUUUGAAAUGGCCACAACUCAAGCGUCCGGCGCCAUCGUAUUCCAGCUGCUGCGCGUUGUGGUGACAUUGGCCGAGCACAUGCACCAGUGGGCAGAUCCACGGUGGUUGCUAUGUGAACAAUUUGGAACCCAACCCCAAAUAUUGCGACUGGCCACGCUGCUUGGCGAAAAGGGCUGCAAUGCGCUGGUCCUGCGAUUUCUGUGGCUGUGGGAGCAGCAGCAGCUUCCAUUCGAUAGCAACAAUCUCGUGGGAGAUAAAGCAAGCCAUCCCAUUCACGUGUAUGCCGCCGAAAGUCUGUGCAAACUCGAUACAACGGCAACUGAACGCACCAUGUUCUUGGGGUAUCUUGGUUGUCACCUGAAACGAAUGGUCAGAAAUGGAUGCGAUUUGGGAGGAUUGAAUGAUGCCUCGUCCGUGGCAGGUCACAUUUGUGCAUGUUUCCGCCACGUUGUCGAUUGCUUGUCGUUGCAAGAUUUGGGCUCUGUGCCUGACAACUGGCUCAGUUACUUUUCAUGGUCUCAGGACCCUCAGUACAUUCCGUACGCGCAAGUAUGGCUGCUCAUGGAACUGGUUGUGAUGGCGUUCAAGAUGUACGAAGUGGAAUUGUUGCAACUGACUCGCUCGUUUCGACAAGCGCUGGAGUUUUGCACAAGACAAGCCAUUUGCAUCAUAGAAAGCGUUGACUCUGCCGUGACCAAUCAGACGUCGACACAAGUCCUUUGCACUGCUUUCAAUGUGUUGGCCUAUUGCAAAGAUCGUCAUGUAUGCCGCAGUCGUGUCUUGUUCGAUCGAAUGGGAUCCCUUCUCUGCCAAGCUGAUACGUCCCUUGCUAUUACGAUCUUGUCAAGUGUCCACGCCCUAGUUGGCAACAACUCGACGUUAUGUCUAUGGCUAGCAAAGUCAAAGGUGGACAUUCUGCAGUGGCUCGUCGACCUCGUCAAUGUCAACACUGACGCAACCGUUGAAACCCUGGCGUUGGCUGUGCUACAUGCGUUAGUAGCCCAGUCGUAUCGAUUUGCAGCCAACGCCAUUGGACUGGACGUACCGUUUCUAUGCGUUCGACGAAGUAUACUGGCAACUCCCGAGUGCGCCUACCUGUGGUUGCGGUUGAUAGGUCGUCUGGUUAUGGUUUGUGGUGCUACAAAAGUGUAUGGACGAAUCGACGAGCCCAUGACAAGAGAACUCUGCUACUUUCUCAUGUCCACAGCUGCGUCAGGCCUCAAUACCGAGUCCAACUGGCGUUCAUGGCAUUCAUCGACGACGUCCGUCGUGGGUUCGGCGCUGUUCCACAAGCAGCUCGUUAGUGAAUGGACGUCGUGUGGCUCGAGCUUUGUGGCCGCCCUUUUGAACAACAUCCUCACGGAACCAAUUGAGGACGCGCAUCGAGCAGCGCAUAGUCUAUCAUUGGUCAAGAUCUUGAUUGGAUCGAAGAACGAUGUGUUGGUGCAAACUAUCUUCAGUUUGCAUCGCGAGAUGGCUACGAUUGUCAAGCACGCCAUAUCGUUUCAGUCCCCACCAUCACCACAAAACCAAGUACUGCUGCUAGAGUUGCUGCACAGUUUGCUCUUGAGUGUUAACGAGAAUGUCAACGGGUCGACGCUGUUCGAACCCCUUUCCGACGCGUUUGCCCACUUUGACACGUUCCCUGCCGCAUACCAUCCUGUUUGCUUUGAUCUGUUGUCCUUGACAUUGGCGGCCAAAGUGCACCUGCGCCACCCCACAACGCCGCCUCUUGGCGACGUGCUGCCAACUGUACCGUGGAGUCACAUCGUACACUUGGUGUUGAGUGGCCUUCACUCGAGUGAGUAUCGGUUGCAGAUGUCCAGCUUGGGCCUGUUGGACGCUUUGUUCACGUACUCCAGCCAAUGCACUGUCCGAGAAUUCGAUUUCAUGGACAUCAGCUUGCUCAAAGCCACCUUGUCGACGAUUCUCGAGGAGUUUACCACUGACUCGUGUCUUGAUAAUCGACUGGAAGCUGUCUGUCGGUCGCUAGAAGGGCGACUUUGCUUUGCUGGUCCAUUCAACAAUUCAUUGGCUAUGACUAACAGCCAACCUCGUCCAUUUAUGCAUGCUAUGAACACCAAGACGCCCGCACUUGGCGCACACUUGUUUCAAGAUUACGGUGCCAUGUAUUCCAUUGCAUUGACGUAUACUCAACGGUUGGAUUUGGACGCCAAAACCAAUUCCGUGCACAAUCUCGUGAGACACGAGGCAUCGCAUUUUGGCUGGGGGUGCAGCUUCGUGGUAUACAGAACAGUCAACAGCGACACCUUUCACGAGACCGCCAUCCACGCGAUGUUGGUCCUCCUUUACAACGGACUGCUGCACUCUGGCGACGGAAACGGCGAAGUGUUGGCGAAUGCGCCAUUUAUGCAUUGCUUGUUGCGAUUCGCAGCAAGCCAACUGUAUCUGUCGUUGCGUAAAAUGGCGACUGCAUUCAUUUGGAAAGCCUUGCAUCGCGCAAGUGUACCGACCCUGUACGCGUUUUGCAGUUUGGUCUCCCAGUGUCAGCACCGCCUCCUUGGCAACUUGUACGACAAUAUCCAACUGGAAACACCAGUCGUUGGGGUCGUCUUGGCCGCAAGAGACGAAUACAAAGACUUGCUGCUCUCGACAUGCGGACUCUUGUGCGAACUUAGCGCAGGGGACACUGUCAUGAGUGCCGCCAUUACCUCGAAAGACUACAUUCGAGACUUGUUGGGUAUCCUACAGAAACAUCGGCCGAGUCAGCUGAAUGCGAUCAAUAUUCAAUUUUGGACGAUGAUGGAACGCCUCAUCGAUGCGGGCUUUACAGAACUUCACUCAACCAACCCUGGCCUGCUCCUGCACUGCUUGCACUGCUUGGCGCUGGACAACUCCGAUACGUUGCGGUUUCAGGCCAUUUACGUCUUGUAUUUGUUUUGCCAGCACCCAAGCGGCCUCGAUCUGCUCCAAAGAAUCGUCUUUCCAGGCAUCACGAGACAUCACGUAGCUACGACCGAUGCAAGCGGCGAUGCUGCCCCCUUGUUGCCGUCGGGGCACCUGUACGCUCUCACCGAGAGCUUAAAAUGCAACCGACCCCGACCCCAGCGAGCGGCCAUGUACUUGGUGAGCGAGCUCUGCCAUGACCCGCAACAUGCUACGACGCUACGAUUGUGCCGCCAGUCGCCCACUUCUGUAACCAACCUCGUGGCCCAUGUGCUGGCAGCGACGUUAGGCACCACCCAUCGGAACCGCGUGCAAUUUCGAGGCAACGUGGACGUGUCUGAACCGGAUGAUCAGUUCAAUCUCGUGACAGGGUGCUUUGCGCUGUCGUGUUUGCAGCGGCUCGAUGUGCAUGUCGAUGUGUUUGUUGACGUUGUUUGUGGCAAUAAAGUCAUCGUCCAGCUGUUUGCGGCCUUGGGCUGGACAAACUACCAAGUAUGCCUACCGGCGGCAACAUUGUUGUGUCAAAUCUUUCGAUAUGCGUCCACGCCCAACCUCGACGAAGCAGAAAGUUCAACGAUUGACGACAUGGGCGACGAUCUUGGCGAUAUUGCCCUUCUGAAAGGGCACCUUCGCAGCCACCCGUUGAAUCGUAUGAAGUGCUUUCGGCACAAAGUCACGACACAAAUUCCCAGCUACGUCAAGCUCUUGGCCGACUGGGUGGACUGGUUCUGCAGUCAAAACCACCCAGAAGCGUAUCUGGCUGUGUUGGGCUCUGUGUUGGAAGUUCUUUCCACGAGCGUGCAACUGUUCUUUCCGACUAUUUACUUUCCCAUCCACUCCAGUACGCGCAUCCACCACCAACGGCUGCUGGACAACGUAUUUGAUCUGGCAUUUGGCCUUUUGGACCAUUCUUCCUUGGGUGACGCUGACGCUGCGACCGUUCAAGUGGAAGCGCUGGGGGUAUUAGCCCACCUGUGCAGCCACGUCGAGUAUCCGUGCGUGCGAUUUGAACACCCCGACGCCAUGGUGAAACUGCUAGCGCUUGUCGAAACAGCGUUCGGAAAGCUGCAGCUCGUGGCAGGCCAGCUGCUGCAAGCCGUGACCAAGCAUUCACCUGUCAAGGAGUGCAUUUACGUCCACGACCUGCUGCAUUUCAUUGCGUGGAUCAACCAGCCGUCGUUCGAGCCGAUUCUGGAACCUCUGUUGCAUACGGUGAAGCACCUCGUCACAGCCACGCCGUCGCACCAUUACAACGCCACGACCAUCGCCACGCUGUUGCUCAAAGCCAGUGGUCAACCUCAAAUUCAAACGCAACCCCAAGCGACGACGUUUCGACGGAUCCAGCUGCACGUGAGUGUGAAACCCCGGGACGGCCUUGGGCGAAACCCGACGUUUGACGCGCAAAUCGAGCUGGAUGACAACGUGGUGCUCCAUCGGAGACUUUACUUGCCCAACUCCAUGCACACGGAACUCACAUGGUUGCAUUCUACUGCUGGACGUACCAUCCGAAUUCGGCUCGCGCGAGACACUGGAACCGAACCACGAGACCCCAUCACUGUACUCCACGUGUGUGGAACCACUAGCCUUCCCACUGUCGUGACUGGGGCGGACGCCGCGUAUUUCAUCGAAACGCGCGUGACAGACGCGACGGAAACAGACUUGCAGAGUCUCACGGGCCCGUUGGGGCAAGUGCUCAAGCACUGCGUCCAACAAAUGAAAGUGGCCGAGCUGGGCUUGCUCUCGGGUCUCAUCGGGGAGCUAUGCAAGCACGACGACGUAUUUUGCAACCCCGACUUGAACUUGUGGUGUUUUAUUGCGUACUUGCUGCAGCACGGGAGUGCCCUAGGUGACACGGGACAAGGCAUGCAAUGUCUGCGCGCGAUUGCCGCCACGGCCAGUACUCAGCACCCGCAGCUGCGCACGUUUGUGUCGCACGUUAUGUACUUGAUACAGCUCUUGGCGAUCUACGGCAUGUCGGCUCUGUCCAAGCAAGUCCAAGACACCAAAAUGAGCGGGCAUAGUGGACACCACUGCAUGCGCAACAAAGAGUCGAUCACCUUCCUCGUGGCCCUAGCCGACAUGGUCGCUGGGUACGGCUCGGUGUCAUUUGCGGAAGACGUGAUGCGGCAGCUCUUCCUGGAACACCGCGGCGUCGUCAUGUACCUGUGCGGCCAGCAUCGCGGCAUGGAGCACGCGUGCUCGGGGUACUUUUACAUCCAGUGGCACUUGAUGCGGACGUUGCCGUCGCACACGAUCUUAUUGUCGCAAGCCUGUUUUAUACAAAUGAACUUGCGCCACUUUGUCGAAAGCGCGCACGCUAGCGACGACAGCGUCGACCAAGCGACCAAAGUCAUGCUGCACAUGGUGUCCAACUCGGUCGCAUGCCACCAAUUCGUCGUACACAACGGGUUGCAUCUGUUGGGUCGAGUGGCGCAACUUCUCAUGGCCAACAACACCGCGAGGGGGAUCAAACAUAUCGCGCCAGUGCUCCGCCAGCUCGUCCUAGUUGCGUCCUUCUUGUCCGAGAACAUGCUGUCACAGGUGCCACUGCCGCAAGAGGUCGAGCGGCUGUUCUUUCCGUCCGCCGUGACCAAGGACGUGAUGCCGUUUCUCGAAAUCUUGCUGUGGCCGCUCAUGCCCGGCGCCAACGGGGUCUUCACGUGGACGGACUCGUCCGUUUUGGCGGCCAAGGUGCUGAGCACCGUGAUCGAAAUGCGGUCGUCCAGACUCUUGCUUGAGAACCACUUGAUUCACAUUUGCUUUCGACUCAAGGGGGCGUCCCGCGUGGAGGCUGUCCAGGCGGCGAUCGCCAUGUGCUUGGAAUGCACGGCGUGGGAUCAAAAACACGCCGUGGACGUCAUCCAACGUGUGUACUUUGUCGCAAUUCGCAAAGGCAUCAAGCUGGGGAUGCUCUCGGCCGAAUGCACAGAGUUGUUACCUCAGACAACGUCCUCCAAAACCGACCAGCACGAGGUGAGCCGCAAGAGCGUCGUGAAUCACUCGUCCAAGAGACUCCACGUGGCGAAAUCGGACGGCAAAACGGCCAUCGUCCAAGAGGCGCUGACCCCGUAUCGAGACCAGUUGUUGUAUUGUUUGAGCUUUACCGAACAGCACCGCGAAGGCAGGCUGCGCGACAUUCUCGUGCGGAGCCGCAAGAAAGGCAUCAGCGACAUGCUCAGCGCCGUCAACAACGCCGCGCGAGUGCUCGUGCUUGUCCACAACGUGCUACAAAUGUUCUUUGAAACGUACGUGAGCGUGGUCAGCAGCUCCCACAUCGAAUACAGCGACGUCAAGGUAAAAAAAGUGCGGUACUUUUGCAAGCAACUGGAAUCGAUCGCGGCGCUGGUCGUGUCGGCCGUGAACCAGAUGGAAGCGUCGUAUUUUGGAGUGAUUUUUGCCCAACUGCACGACAUCAAAGUCCACAGCACCACCAACCACCACCACCGCAACAAUGGAGGCGACCCGUCGGAAUGCCGCAACACCAUGCGCGGCAACAUGAAGAAGCUCUUGUUCAUCUUAAAGCGCAUCAUCGACAAGAAGAAACUCAAGCCGCUGCUGGACGAACAGUCGUUUGUCGAAGCCGAAGAGAUUCUGAGCGCCAUUCGCCUCGAUUUUGCCGUCAACAGCCGCCGCCGGUUGGGCCACGCCGCGCUCGACAGCGCAUCCGUGGCGGACUUUGUCUGUGAAGCGGCGGAAAUCGGCGGCAUCAAGAAGUUCGACCAGUUCAUCACGAGCACGAGGUAUCUGUACAUGCGCUCCAUGCAACGCGACGACGGGACGUUCGACAACUUGGAGGACUUUAUGAUGGGCACGUCCGACAGCAUGACGUUGAAGCAGGCGGUCAAGGCCUUGCUCGCGUCGAUUUGGUCGCAUGCCAAGUCGAUUUGCUCGUUCCCGUUUCGAAUGGCACGCCGGUUGCUGACGCGAUGGAUGUGUACAAAGGCCGGCGACGCGCUGACCGACGGCGCCGCGAGGUCGGCCCUGCGAUCCGGUGGGAGUUUCACCAUCGGCCGCUCCCGUCAUCACAACAGCACGCAGCAGCUCGUGCAUGCCCAAGCGCGCGUGCUCGAGAGGCGGCUGACGUCGCCGUUCCCGAUCGCGUCCGUGCUCUUUUGCAACCGCCACGAGCAGGCGGCCAAGGGGGGCGAGGUGUGGAGGGUGCUGCGCCAAGUCGGAUUGUUCCAAGCCCCUGCAAACACGUCACCGAUGUUUCCCAUGUUGCUCAAGCCAAACUUUGUCCAAGACAUUUUGACGGGGAUCCCCGACAAGAAGCAAGAGCUCAUCGUGGACCACCUCCUCCGUCCCGACUAUAACAAUACUGUCCACUGCUGUGACGACGUUCUGGAGCAACGCCUGACGGGCACCGAGAUCCAACUGAUCAUGCUCAACAUCGAGGCGUUUCUAGCUCGCCAAGAUAAUAAUGACAUGGCUCUGUACCACGUCCAGUCGUCGACGCUGUCGGUGAACGUGUGGAAGUUUGUCGUGUCGCCAGUGUACCACACGAGGCUCAUGCACGCGCACUUCGUGCUGAGCGACCUACAUCGCGCCGACUCGCUCGCGGCGGCGCAGGCGCUGUGGCAAACUCUCGAGAAAGGGCACACGCUGCUCACCCAAGCUAUCCGACUGAGUCCUAUGAUGAAGCUCAAGGCCACGAGGCGAAAGAUGAGCGAACGGCAACAGCAGGCCGCUGCGGUUUCCCGGUACAAGUCGUGGCUGCCGUGGAAGUGGCACGAAUACGAUCGGGACGGCGGGGAGUACGACGCCGCGCGCGGCACGGACGACAUCCGAAGGAAACCCAUGGGGGUUCUGUACGUCAACUACAUUCUGCCCGUGUGCGACCGGCACCUGGACGACCCGCUCUCGGACCAGAUGGCGUGGGAACACCUCGUCGGCGAAAUCAACGACGGCAAGUUCCCGCCGUGGGUGUUUCGCGUCAAUGAUCCGCACAGUUCUGCGAUGGUGCGACGGGUCACCGCCGCGUACCGCGCCGUGCUGCGGGGGGUGAUUUACCUGACGUUUUGGCGCCUGGAGGAGUACUUUUUGGACUUGCAAGACCGGUCUUGGCCGGACGGAGAUGUCAUCCAAUUGGCAUGCACGCGUCGAACGCGCCUCGACGAAGACAUCAUCGACAGCAUUGUCGUGUACAAGCACUUUCGAAAGGCCAUGAGCGAGCUCUUUCGUGUGUGGAUGCUCGAAAGCGGGAGUCUGGGCUUACCAUUGUGGCAGCACUGGGGCUACUUUGUCGGGGGGUGUAUCUUUCCUGCAGUCGUCCUCUACAUCUACUUGCCGACGUUGAUGUCGUACACUGAUUACACGCCUCGGCAAACGGACUACCAUAUGAAGUGGUUCUUGGCCGGGUUCUUCAGCCUGCUGUUUGCGCUCGUCAUGUGGUCCAUCGUGCUGCUUGUCAAGAAAACGGAAAAUUUCAUGGUGCAAGAGCGGCAGCAAGUCCGGUUUUUCCCCGUCACGAGGCAUUACAGCAACUACUUGGCGCUGUUUGGGCUCUUUUCCGAGCUUGUGCAGCACAACUCAAUUCCGUUUAGCGAUGGAGUGAAAUGGGCCACGGGGUAUAAACUGCCUGGAAUGAUCAAGUUCAUUGGGCAGCUGGGCAUCACGAACUUCGACUUUAUUCACAUUGGCACGUUCAAAUUGGCGUAUUUGAAGUCGUUUUUCGCAGGCGGCAUCUUAGUGUUGUUCCUCGUCGUAUUGAAAUGUGCAAACAAGUUCCACAAAACGUAUCCAGCGUUGAACACUCGUCUCACCAAAGACUUGCCGCCGAUUGUUUCAGGCUUGCUCUUUGUGGGCAUUGUCAACUCGUUUUCGUCGCUCUUGUUUUGCUGCUCAUGCGACCAGUACACGGACAACCCCGCCGCGCAGGAAUCUUGCUUUCAUCAACGCAACGGGUCCAGCGAGCCAUUUCUGUACAGCUAUCCAGACUUGAAAUUCACGUGUUGGAGUCCUGAGCAUUUGCCUCUGGCGUACGUGGGGUUAAUGGGGUCGGCGUUCUUCAUUCCCAUUGGCAUCCUUGGCGCUGGUAUGAGCCAAGUGCUGUUUCCCCUGGAAACUCUAGACAUCAAGUUCUCCCCCAUCAUCGACUUGACCAGUCAAUUGACCAAGACCAUCACGGCCAUUUCGGCGCUGUUUUUCACGUUCCGCAUGCAGUACAUGAUCUCGAUUGGGUUUGGACUCAACUUACUGCUGUUUAUCGUGACUUUGCUCAACAAAACGUCGUCGAUAUGGUACAUUGGCACGGCCAAGUCUGUGAUUUACGUCAUGUCUGUGUGGACGUCGCUGUGUGCGUUUGUGAAUGUGCUGCUGGAGUCGCCGUCCAGCGGACCCAUCUACUACUUGAACGUCGGGUGGUUUUGCAUUGCAUGCUUGGCGUGUGCGGUGCUGGGAAUCCGAUUGCGUUAUCGGAAUAUCCGCGAAGAGCGGGCGCGGCGCGAGCGGCUGCGCGACUACCAAUUGCUCAACGAUGUGUCUGAACUAAGCCGCCUCACAGACAUGGAAGAGGACAUCCUCCGCCGGGCGGCAAAGCCCCUGACCACCGAGCAGUUAGAAGCGACCGCCCCCAAGACUUUUAUGGACGCGGCAAGGCUCAAGGCGGAACAACUGACUUCGCAGCAUCUGCCGUCGCAUCUCGAGGACUUCAUGCGACUAGCCAAGCAAUCGGCCGAGAAACCCACGACCAGCGAGCUCAUGUUUAUGCGGCGGGCCAAGCGCCUCGGACACCGCAUCACGGCGUUCGAGGACUUGGAGCGAUUGAGCAGUCACCACGACAAGCACAAGUCGGUGUAGAUGGCCGCCAUCCUCCUUGUUAUGUAUAUAUAUAAUAAGAACACGAACAAGCCGCAUACACUACUCUAGCCUCACGUGACUGGCUUUGGCUUGAAAAACGUUGUAAUGCCACUCGGUUGUUUUGGCGGCACGAUCCCUUCUUCCACAGGCAAAACCCCAGGGGAUGGUGCUGCUGGUGUUGCUACGACAGGGGCAAUCACCGCCGCGUCUUCAACCGCCGGAAGGUUCACCUUGAGCAGCGGCGACACCAAGUUGGGCCGUUCCACCAGCACCACGAUAGCGUACGCAUCCAGUUCGUCCGCCGCGUCGGUUAUGAUCCGAGGCACUUGUUUCACCAGCUUGGACGAUCGGUGGUGGUGCUCGGCAACCUUUUUGUGCGUCGACACCGUCAAGUCGUCGUCGUCUGCGGGCCGCUCGUCGAUGUAAUCCACUUCGUCCUCGUACGCGAGCCACUUGUCGCCAUAGUCUAGCCGGUCCUCUUCGUCGCCGUUGUCGUCGUCGCUGUCUCGGCCGCUCAAACUUUCGCCCAUUUCAUCGUCUUCUUCCCACUCCAAAUCGCUUUCGACGGUAUAGUCGAGCGAUGGGACCGUCGCAAACGGCCGGCGACCCCGGCGCAACGUGCGCGCCUUCUUCGAAUAGGUGCCCCAAUACGCAGGGCGGUAGUUGUCGUGGAAUUGCAGCAACUUCUUGACGCCUAACGUUGGGUGUCGAUGGCGUUGGCUGGACCAGCUCCCAAAAGUGACCACUCGUGCGCCAGAGCUCGACGAUGACGGCGGGAGCGCGGGCGGGUGCUUUGAGUCGGACGCGUGGGCGCCGCCCAAACCCAACUGCUGGUCGAUGGCAUCCAUUUGGGCGUGCGCCUGCGCGGCCUUGUCCCUGGAUAACUCGUCGGUUGUGUUGGCGUCAGCGUCCUUUUUCAGAAACGAUCCCCACGUUUGCCGCCGUCGUUGGAGUUCCAAGUCUUCCUUUUCUUUGGCCAGCGCCUCGAGCUUCUUCUUGGCCUCGUCCUUUUCUUUGCGUUUGUGCUCGAGGUCCACUCGUUUCGCUUCGUCCUUGUCAAAUUGUUGUUGCGCUUUCAAGCGUUUCUCGGCCACUUUUUGCUUUUCAAGGUCGAGUCGCUUCUGGGCCUUUUGCAACUCUAGCUCCACGGCCACGUAAAACCUGCUCGCUUUGCUUUCUUCGAGGCUGAGCUUCGAGUCGUCGGUCGCUGGUUCCUGGGCCAUCGCCACGAUUUUAUCCAGCGUUUUGAUCGUCUGGCCCGUCCGCUUGCGUUGUUUGCGCACGCGGCGGAUGACCUUGACCGCAUCGUCGUCGAAAUACGACUCGACCGCGCCCACCUCCCACACCCACAUGGCCCGGGGCGUGGUGUCCUGAAACAUGUGCGCCUUCUUCGGCUUGGCUCCGUACGACACGCGUUCGGCCAUGGACUUGAUCUCCAUUUCCAGCAUGGACACGUUGAAGCACUCAGUUGCCGGCACCUUCAGCCACCCGAGCCACUCGGCAUGGAUAGUCCCCGCCAACGCACUCAAACUCUCCAUGCUGCCUUGGACGCGCCGCGCAAUGAACGACUUGGCCAGCGGCGGCACCGUCGACCACGCCUUGGACGCAUGGCUGCAUUCCGUCACGACCUCCGUGCGACAAGGUUCCAAGUGCUCCGCCGUCGACAAGUUCAAUCCAACGUCCGUGUGGGCACCAUAGAUUUCCUGCAAAACUUCGUCGCGGUUGGUGCCGAGAGCCAGCGAAACGUACAGUUCCUCGAGGUCCGUGAGCUUUUGCAGGUACACGUCGUGCUUGUGUUGUUGGGCGGCACUCAAUGCUGGUUUGGUCACUGGAGGUGGACCGUCUGGAGGGGAUGGGGCGGCUGCUUUGGCCCUCUUUCGCGCAGGCUGCUUCACGUCCACGGCGACGUCCUCUUGCUUCCGCCCAGCAGUGGCAGCCAGCCGCUUAGGCCUCGCCUUGGAAGUAUCUUCUUGGGUAUUUUUAGCGGCCGUUGUACCCUUUGUCGAGUCGCUGCUAUCUUCAUCAUCAAUGACGACGACUUCAGAUGUGGUUGUUGGCUGUGCUUCUUCUCUUGGUUCGGACGCCACGUCAGUGAGGUCGCUUUCAGGGGCACUUGAUGUGGCGAAUGCUGAUGCCGGGGGAGGUGCGCUGACUGCAGGAGACUUUGUCUUGCGCUUCUUGGCCUUUGGCGAUGAAACAGUUGGACUCUUGGCUUCUCCUUCUAGGUUCAGCUUCACUGGCUGUAAUGGUGACGUUGGGGACGUCUGCUCAGUUGGCUUUGGAAGUUCAGAACUCGGUGGAGAGUCCGAUGGCUUGAUAUUCCGGUUCGAUGCACUGGUUGGCGGCGACUUUGCCUGCACGGCGGGCGCAGCUGAUUUUCCUGGCGUGAUCGUCAAAGGAGAAGGCUGCUGCUCUACGACAGAAGGUGGCGGCUUCACUGGCUGAACUGGCGACGACGGAGUGGGACUGGCUGCCUGUACAUCUUCAGAAUUCUGUGCAGGGUCCGAUGACUUGAUCUUCCGUUUCAAUGCACUGUUUGGCGGUGUCUUUCUCUGUGUUGUUGGCGAAGCUGCUUUGUCUGGUUUACUCGUCAAGGGAGAAGGCUGCGGCUCCUCCACGACCGACGUGGGUACACCCUUCGAUGCAGCCGACGCCGUCACGCUCCUGCUAACUGGAGAGAAAAACGACGCAAUGCUAGCUUGCUUCUUCUUCUGCUCAUACGUACGCGAUUACUUUGAUCAGCAUGCGGACACUUCGUACCUCGGGGGUCGCCAUGUUGCAUCCACGCGCGUGUCGCUGUUGGUUUUCCCGCUCUCACGAAAC